AUGGCAAAAAAAAUUGAAAUGGUUUUAAGUUCCAAAAAACAGGUUAUCAUUAGUAUUCCUGUUAGCAGUUCUAAUUACAAAUCUGAACUUAAAAUAUUUUAUUAUGAAGGGGCUAAAAACAACUUUCCAGAUGCUAAUGCUAAAAAUACAGCAAAAGCAAUAAGAGAUCUUCUUAUUGGAUUGGGAAGGGAUGAUUUACUUUUAGUGCUAUUAUCAGAAGAAAAGUCAAAUAUUAAAGACUUGACACAAAACUUAGAAACUUUCUGUAUACCAAGAAUUGACGUUAGUAUACUAAAAAAUAUCAAGUCUAUUGAAAAAAAGGAUUUAUGCUUGAUCCUUGGAGGUGAAAUCACAGUUGAAGUAAAGGGUGCAGGGAAAGGUGGCACAAAUCAAGAGCUAGCUUUAAAAUUUUCAAACUUUGUUGGCCAAGCAAACAAUAAUUUCGCAAAGUUUGACAUUCACUUUUUAAGUGCAGGUACUGAUGGCACAGAUGGGCCACCAGAUUUAGAGGGCUAUAGGAUAUCAAAAUCUUGUGACAGAGGCGAAACAAAGACAAAGAAGAAAAGUCCGACAUAA